GCCACGGGGCGCGCUACCUGCUGCACGUGAAUGAACUCGCGACGAGAGGACCAGUCUCAUCCUCAGACAGGUCACUCGUUUUCUCUUUCAGUCAGAUCGGUCUUCUCCACAGAAAAUGGAUAGGAAUCCAAGCACUCCGGAGAACAAUCGCCCGAAAAACUCGCAUAACAACUUGCCGUUCAUCAAGGGAGUCUCCAAACCCUUUGUGAAUCCCUACAUCGAGAUGCUGACCCCCCCUCGAUAUGAGACAUCCCCAUUGGGCACGUCUCCCUCCACUCCAAAUACAGCGCUGAACAUUGUUCCAUGGACAUUUAUGGAAGAAUGGGUCCGGGUGUGUGGAUUAUUGCGUGCUGGCAGAUGGUUGGAAGCGAUAAGAAAAUUGCAAAUUUGGCAAAGUCGUGUUCCAAAUCUUCCACUGUGGGCGGAGGCGACCUUGUUCCUCCUUCAGGCUAAGGUCAGGGAUGAAUUAAAUGAAGAGUGUAACCUUGACGUUAUUCGAUCCCUGUAUAGUUUGGCAUUGAUAAGAUUUCUCAACAAUGCUGGACAUACGGCAGCCACUGCGAUGGGCGAAACGACUUCGAUGCCAACCAAGGAACUCACUGCAUCAGUCGGCAUGCCGGAUUGGAUUGUUACUCUAAGAAAUGAAGUCAUUCAUGGGGUCAAAGUCCCCAGUUUGGACGUAUUACGAGCAGCCGGAGAGUUCAUGAUGCGCUGGUUAAAGACCGAUGUUUGGUCUGCAUCGAAUAUUAUACGGGCCGACGAACCAGAAGAAAAGGAAAUGUCAGAUAGUGAUAUUUUGUCUGCUUUCGUCGCCGCAAGGCUUUACGAAAUGCGAGGAACCUUCAACAUUGAUGAUCCUGCGAUAUUGGACUGUCUGAAUAGGCAUCGUAGCACAAACACUUACAAAGCUGUAUCGGAACUGAAAGACAAAAUUGUGUCAAGGAUGCGCCAAAAUUGGAAUGACGUGUAUCCACUGUUGGUCAAUGCCAUGAUCCCGUCCCCCGAGUUUUGCGCUGAUCUUAAGAGCACUUGUGAGGACGAUUUGUUCCUCCAGCUGGAUAACAUUUGGAAGCCAAUUACGAAGGUCCUAUUGCAGAGUAAGGGAGUUUGCAAUAUAUUGCUCAAACUUGGAACGUCUCACCUCGGUCCUGAUGAGCAUGUGCAGGAACUGGGAGCGAAGUGGAUUGAAUCACUCAUGGAUGGUUUAGAAGCUAAUGGAAAACUUUACACCAAUGCGUAUGAGGAGCUCUUGAAGAUUAUUGUUUCGAACCCAAAUAAGUUCUCGAAGUUGGUAUUUCCAAAGGUGAUUAAAGUUCUCAGCCAGAAAAUGGAGGCAUCGCAUGUGGAGAGUUUAACGUUGUUAACCAACAUAUGGAUGGACCAAUGCUGCCCGCUAAAGAUGCCACAUGCUGGCGAGGAUCCGUCAGAGAACAAUUUAUUUACCGUCGAAGGUGCUCGGCGACAAAGUACUUCUUCAUCUGAUCCGCCAUCUGAUGCAGCUGAAGAAGAUUCAAGUUUUUCAUUGGAUUUAAGACUUCCAACUUGGUGGAAGGGAAUACCUUUCGGGUCGGACAUGUCAAAGUAGGAAAUUUAUGCUGCCGAACGUCAAACUAAUCUCAUUUCCAAUGUGAUAUCUAAAUUUUCUGUGUGAUAGGUGCAUUCAAUUGUUAUCAAUGUCAUCUAUAAUUAACAUUAUUAUGAAUACUACUACGAGUAAUAAUAACAAAUAUAAUAGUAAUUAGUAUGCAACACUGUACAAUAUAAUGAAAUUGGAUUAUUUUUUGUACCUCAUUGUUUGGUAAUUAUAAUAAAUAAAAAUGUUAAAGUUUGUUAACUGCCAAGUCCAA